AUGAGCCUCAGGACACUGGAGAUGCUGCUGGCGUUGGGCGCUGCCCUGCUGGCUGCAGGCGCAGAGACCCAGGAGGGCGAGGCCUACUCCCUGCAGGCGCUGCACUGCCCGCCGUGCGAGCGCAUCCACUGCACCCCGCGCCGCGCCCUCCGGCAGCAGUGCCAGGGCGGUCUCACCACGGGCAUCUGUGGUUGCUGCCCCGCCUGCGCCCGCACCUCCGGGGAGACCUGCGGGGGCACCUGGACCUACCUGGGCAAGUGCGACGAGGGGCUGGUGUGCGUCUACCCGGACCCGGCCCCGGCCCCGGCCGACGGCACCGCGGAGGCAGAGCGGCACGGGGUCUGUAAGGAAGUACUGAAUCUCUUGGAGACCGUAACUUGUCAGCCUGCAUGCACCUGGGAAUACUGCCGAGAUCACCCCUCUGCAACAUGCUCUGCCGGGUCUGUGGCCCUGGGGAAGCAGGACUGCCAUGGGUCCUGCCAGCACACCUCGUGCUCCAGCUGCCUGGUGCUGAAGCCCCCGGCCUGCACGGAGCCCUGCGGCCCGGCCGACUCCGCCUGCCUCCAGCGCUUCGGGAGGUGCGUGCACAGCCACAUGGGGGAGACGCUCCACUCCACCUGCCACCAGAACCUGCACAGUAAUGCAGAGGGGUACUUCCUGUGCCUGAUGCCUACCUGUGCAAGCACGGUGAGCUGAAGAAUUAUUUUCCCCUCAGGAGACCCACAGAGUGAACCUUCACUGAAAUGUAGCAACGCUGGC